AUGGGUGUAAUAGAAAUUGAAAAUGAACAACAAUUCACUGAUCUAACUCAAAAAAAUGAUUCAAAAUUAAUAGCUUUAUAUUUUCAUACACCAUGGGCAGGACCAUGUAAAACAAUGAAUCAAGUUUUUAAAACUUUAUCAGAAUCAAAAUCAAAUGAUAAAUCUAUUUUGUUUCUUUCAAUAAAUGCUGAUGAAUUAUCUGAAAUAAGUGAAAUAUUUGAUGUUAGUGCUGUUCCUUAUUUUAUAUUAAUACGUAAUCAAACUAUUUUAAAAGAAUUAUCGGGUGCUGAUCCAAAAGAGUUUAUAGCAGCAUUAAAUCAAUUUUCAGAAAAUAAUACAACAACUAAUAAUACAUCAAAUGAUACUAAACAGAGUACGGAGAAACAACAAAAUGCAACAACUUCAUCAUCAUCAUCAACAAUACCCUCAGAACCAAUAGAAGAAUCACCAGAAGCAUUAAAUGAAAGAUUAACAAAAUUAACAACAGCUGCACCAAUAAUGUUAUUUAUGAAAGGUUCACCAUCAAGUCCACAAUGUGGAUUUUCAAGACAAUUAGUUGCAAUAUUAAGAGAACAUCAAGUUAGAUUUGGAUUUUUUGAUAUUUUAAAAGAUGAUUCUGUAAGACAAGGUUUAAAAAAAUUUAGUGAUUGGCCUACUUUUCCUCAAUUAUAUAUAAAUGGAGAAUUUCAAGGUGGUUUAGAUAUUAUAAAAGAAAAUAUUGAAGAAGAUGAAUCAUUUUUUGAAAAUGCAUUAGGAAAUUAA